UUUCCCUAACUUUUCCUGUUUGUGUCAUUUUUUCGUGUUUUGUGUACAUCUAAUUCAUAUAUAUUGUACUUUACAGUGAAACAAGAAGAAUCAUUGCUAUACUGAUAGGCGUUGAGCUUCUACGCUCUGGCGCAGAGUAGUUUAAGAUACCGAAAAACUAGACCAAUGAAAAGCAGGCUGACACACAUCGCCAAUGAAAUACUAGGUAUCAAGAUAUCAACCGACUCUACUGGAAACAGAAUCUAAGGAAAAACAAAUCUUUUCCACACAUUCGUUUGGGAAGCCGAGGGGAAGGGACUGUAACAGCCGUGCGGCUGUCCUCUCGUGUGCUCGCCGUCGGUCGCCAUGGCGACGGUGUUGCGGCUGUCGGUGUCGACACUGAGCGCGGCUCGCAGCGGGCCCGGCCCGGCGCCGCUGCUCUGUGCCGUCCGCGGACUCCGCUCGCACGGCCCGCUCCGCUGCAAACCCACCGAGAAGGCCGCAGCCGAGGCGCCCAAAGGCGUGCCCUACAGCCGGCUGAGCAUCGGUGUGCCCAAGGAGAUCUGGCAGAAUGAGCGCAGGGUGGCUCUGGCGCCGGUGGCGGUCACCGCCCUCACCAAGAAGGGCUUCACCGUACAAAUACAGGAGAACGCCGGCGCAGAGGCCUCCUUCACUAACGACAUGUUUGCAGAGGCCGGGGCCAAGAUUGUUGGCAAGAAGGCCGCUUAUGAAUCCGACAUUGUGUUCAAGGUCCGUCAGCCAGUACUGGAGGAGGUACCGAACUUCCGGGACCAGGGCACCCUGUACUCGUUCAUUUACCCCGCCCAGAACAAAGAGGUGCUCGACAAACUGGCCGCCAAGAAGAUGACCGUCUUCGCGAUGGACUGCGUGCCCCGUAUCAGCCGCGCCCAGGUGUUUGACGCGCUCAGUUCGAUGGCCAACAUCGCCGGCUACCGGGCCGUGGUGGAGGCGGCGAACCACUUCCCGCGCUUCUUCACCGGACAGAUCACCGCUGCCGGAAAGGUGCCGCCGGCCAAGGUGCUAGUCAUCGGAGGCGGCGUGGCCGGCCUGUCGGCCGUCGGCACGGCCAAAAACCUGGGCGCCAUCGUGCGCGCCUUCGACACCCGCGCGGCCGUCAAGGAGCAGGUGGAGAGCUUCGGCGCCGAGUUCCUCACCGUCGACAUCGAGGAGUCCGGUGACGGCGCGGGCGGCUACGCCAAGGAGAUGUCGAAGGAAUUCAUCGAGGCCGAGAUGGCGCUGUUCGCCAAACAGUGCAAGGAGAUCGACAUCCUCAUCUCGACGGCGCUCAUUCCCGGCAAGCGCGCGCCCAUCCUCAUCAAAAAGGAGCACAUUGAGUCGAUGAAGCCCGGCUCGGUGGUGGUCGACCUGGCCGCCGAGGCCGGCGGGAACAUCGAGACCACCAAGCCCGGAGAGAUCUACACGUACAAGGGCGUGGUGCACGUGGGUGUCACCGACUUCCCGUCCCGCCUGCCGGCGCAGAGCUCCACUCUCUACGGCAACAACAUCAGCAAGCUGCUCCUCUCCAUGGGUGAGAAGGACCACUACAACCUGGACAUGAACGACGAGGUGGUUCGCGGCUCCAUCAUCCUCAACCAGGGCGAGCUGAUGUGGCCGCCGCCGCCGCCGCCGGAGCCGGCGCCCGGCGCCGCCGCCACCGCCGUCGGCCCGGCCAAGCCGGUCGAGGUGGCGCCCGCGCCCGAGCCCAACUACUUCAUGAUCACCAUGAAGGACGCGCUGAUGUACACGGGCGGCCUGGGCGGCCUGCUGGCGCUGGGCGUGGCCUCGCCGGGCCCGGCCUUCACCACGAUGACGACCACGUUCUCGCUGGCCGGUAUCGUGGGCUACCACACGGUGUGGUCGGUGACGCCGGCGCUGCACUCCCCGCUCAUGUCCGUGACCAACGCCAUCUCGGGCAUCACGGCCGUCGGCGGCAUGCUGCUGAUGAACGGACAAAUCUACCCCACCAACACCAUCGAGACUCUGGGCGCGUCGGCCGCCUUCAUCUCGUUCAUCAACAUCUUCGGCGGCUUCAUCGUCACGCAGCGCAUGUUGGACAUGUUCAAGCGGCCGACGGACCCUCCCGAGUACAACUACCUGUACGCGGUGCCGGCGGCCGGCUUCCUGGGCGGCUACGGCGCCGCCGUCAGUCAGGGCUACCCGGAGAUUCACCAGAUGGCCUACCUGGCCGCCUCGCUCUGCUGCGUCGGAGCGCUCGGCGGACUGUCCACCCAGAAAACGGCCCGGCUCGGAAACGCCCUCGGCAUGAUCGGCGUCUCUGGCGGCAUCGCUGCCACCCUGGGCAUCCUGCAGCCCACCACACCGGUCCUGACUCAGAUGGCGCUAGUGGCCGGAGCCGGCGGCGCCAUCGGCUCCACCAUCGCCAAGCGCAUCGAGAUCACCGACCUGCCGCAGCUCGUGGCCGCCUUCCACAGCUUGGUGGGUAUGGCUGCCGUGCUGACCUGUUUCGCCACCUACCUGCACGACUUCCCCAACUUCGCUACUGACCCGGCGGCUAACGUCAUCAAGACGGCUCUGUUCCUGGGCACCUACAUCGGCGGCGUCACAUUCACCGGCUCGCUGGUGGCCUACGGCAAGCUGCAGGGUCUGCUGAACUCGGCGCCGCUGCUGCUGCCCGGCCGGCACGCGCUCAACGCCGGCCUGCUGGCGGCCAACGUGGGCGCCAUGGGCCUGUUCUUCUAUGACCCGUCGCUGACCACGGGCCUGACGUGUCUGGGCAGCACGGCGGCGCUCAGCGGCGUCAUGGGCGUCACGCUCACCGCCGCCAUCGGAGGUGCCGACAUGCCCGUGGUAAUCACGGUGCUCAACUCGUACUCUGGCUGGGCACUGUGCGCCGAGGGCUUCAUGCUCAACAACAACCUGAUGACGGUGGUGGGCGCGCUGAUCGGAUCCUCCGGAGCCAUCCUCUCCUACAUCAUGUGCAAGGCAAUGAACCGCUCCCUCCCCAACGUCAUCCUGGGUGGUUUCGGCACCUCGUCUACCGGCACCGGCAAGCCCAAGGAGAUUACCGGCACCCACACAGAGGUUAACGUGGAGCAGACGGUCGAGGCUAUCACCAACGCCAAGAACAUCAUCAUCACACCCGGAUACGGACUGUGCGUGGCCAAGGCCCAGUACCCGAUCGCUGAGAUGGUCUCUCUGCUGCAGAAGAAGGGCAAGAACGUGCGCUUCGGCAUCCACCCCGUGGCAGGCCGUAUGCCCGGCCAGCUGAACGUGCUGCUGGCCGAGGCCGGCGUGCCCUACGACCAAGUGCUGGAGAUGGACGAGAUCAACGACGACUUCCCCGAGACGGACCUCACGCUGGUCAUCGGCGCCAACGACACGGUCAACUCGGCCGCCGAGGACGACCCCAACAGCAUCAUCGCUGGCAUGCCCGUGCUGCGCGUCUGGAAGUCGGACCAGGUUGUGGUGAUGAAGCGCUCGCUGGGCGUGGGUUACGCGGCCGUCGAUAACCCCAUCUUCUACAACCCCAACACGUCCAUGCUGCUCGGAGACGCCAAGAAAACGUGCGACGCGCUGCUGGCCGGCCUCAAGAACCACUACGAGUCCUAGGCUCACGGCCGCGGAUGAAUGUCUGCCUCUUACAAAUGCCAAGCCACCGUCAUCCCGGUCUUCAGUUGCGCGCCGCCUUAGCUAGCUGGCCGGUGGGACCGAUGAACGCAGCCGGUACCGGGGCUCACUGAAUGCUGAUGUUCAGGGGCCGGUACCGCGCGGCUCGUUCGCAGUGGUCCGGGCCAUCUCAUUGUACGUCAUGCUCGAAGCGUGAUCUGUGUGUUAUUGUGGGUCGUGCUGGACGGAAUUUGUUGUAAAUAAAGCUGGGACGAGGAGAGGA